UGAUCCCACCCUUUUGCUGCCCGUUAAAAGCACAAUCCGACGCCGAACUUGGGGUCCCGCCAAGGGCACGCCGGCCUCUUCGGGCCCGUUUCUGCCACUGGCAUAGAAGCAUUUCCACCUAGAAAAUGCUUCAUUUGACCUCCGCCUUCCACUUCCUCAAUGCUACAUCCCAACUAUCCACUUACUUACAAGCCGUCUUGAAGCCUGUCGAAUCUCCUGAAGCCAUUUACAAGCGACAAGCGGCACAGCCCUGGAACAAUGACUACAAUGGUCCAAUAUGGACCUCGCCUCCUAGCUACCCGUCUCCCUGGGGAUCCGGUUCGGGAGAUUGGGCUGCUGCUUACGAAAAGGCUCGAGCAUUCGUCAGCCAGUUGACCCUGUUGGAAAAGGUCAAUCUCACCACUGGCGUGGGCUGGGAAUCCGAGAAGUGUGUCGGAAAUGUUGGCUCAAUCCCUCGCCUUGGCUUUCCUAGUCUCUGCAUGGAGGACGGACCACUAGGGGUCAGAAACGCCGACUACGUCUCUGCCUUUCCUGGGGGCGUGAAUGUGGCUGCUACGUGGAGUCGUGAAUUGGCCAGAGCCCGCGGCGAAGCCAUGGGCGCAGAGAAUCGAGACAAAGGCGUGGAUGUCCAGUUAGGCCCCGUCUGCGGCCCUCUAGGACGGUCUCCUGAGGGCGGAAGAAACUGGGAAGGCUUUAGCCCUGAUCCAUACCUGACUGGUGCUCUCAUCGCUCCCACGGUCCAAGGUAUUCAGAGCCAAGGCGUCAUUGCGUGCACAAAGCAUUACAUCGCCAACGAACAGGAGCAUUUCCGUCAAGUGGGGGAAUCUCAGGGCUAUGGCUGGAACAUCACAGGCACCCUCAGCUCCAACAUUGACGAUAAAACAAUGCAUGAGCUAUAUCUCUGGCCAUUCUCCGAUGCAGUGCGAGCAGGGACUGGCUCGGUCAUGUGCUCCUACAACCAGAUCAACAACUCCUAUGGCUGUGCCAACUCUUACACAAUGAACCAUCUUCUCAAGAAUGAGCUCGACUUUCAAGGCUUUAUUAUGUCCGACUGGCAAGCUCAACAUUCCGGUGUCGGCACGGCUUUGGCUGGCCUGGACAUGACCAUGCCCGGUGACACUCUGUUUAACACGGGCCGGAGCUACUGGGGUACCAACUUGACCAUUGCCGUGAUCAACGGCACGGUUCCUGAAUGGCGUGUUGAUGAUAUGGCUACCAGAAUCAUGGCAGCCUACUAUUACGUUGGUCGCGACACCCAUUAUACGCCCACCAAUUUCUACGCUUGGAGCCGGAACACCUACGACAAAAUCCAUCAAGUUGACCCUCAAUCUCCCAUCGGUUUGGUCAAUGAACAUAUCAAUGUGCAGGAUAGGCACCGUGACAUCGUCAGACAAGUUGGUCAGGCUUCUAACGUUUUGCUCAAGAAUACCGGUGGACUACCACUCACUGGCAAGGAAAGACAGGUCGGCAUCUUCGGUUAUGAUGCCGGAAGCAAUCCUUGGGGCGCCAAUGGGUGCUCAAAUAGAGGCUGUGACAACGGCACUCUCGCUAUGGGUUAUGGUAGCGGUACAGCCGAGUUUCCGUACCUCGUCACCCCAGAGCAGGCGAUCACGCAACAUGUUCUGACGCAAACCGAUGGUGAGGUGUUUGCUAUCCUUGACAAUUAUGCCGACGCCCAGAUUAAAAGCCUGGCCAGCACUGCUGAUGUUGCCCUGGUCUUCGCCAACGCUCAAUCUGGAGAGGGCUUUAUCACGAUUGAUGGGAACACUGGUGACCGCAACAACCUCUCUCUCUGGCUGGGAGCUGACCGAUUGAUUCACAACGUGACCAAGUACAACAAGAACGUCAUUGUUGUAAUGCACACGGUUGGCCCCGUCAAUGUUUCUGCAUGGUAUGACAACGAGAAUGUCACCGGUAUUAUCUGGGCAGGCCUACCAGGCCAGGAGAGUGGCAAUGCCAUCGUGGACGCUCUGUACGGCCUCAUCAAUCCCGGCGGAAAGCUUCCUUUCACCAUUGGUCGCAAUCGAGAAGACUAUGGGACAGAUAUUCUCUACGAACCCAACAAUGGCCAGUUCAACGCUCCGCAGUCCCUCUUCUCCGAAGGUGUCUUUAUCGACUAUCGUCACUUUGACCAAUACAACAUUGAGCCUAUCUACGAAUUUGGCUUUGGUUUAAGCUACACCACUUUUGAAUACUCCAAUUUGGUGAUCACUCCGGGGAAUCCUGCUCCAUACACCCCCACAAGUGGCCAGACCGAGCCUGCUCCCGUCCUAGGAAACGCCAGUACCGACCCAUCGCAAUAUGUCUUCCCUAACGGCACGAUCACAUACCGACCAUAUUUGUACAUCUACCCAUACCUGAACUCGACCGAUUUAAGAGCAUCGUCCGAUGAUACAGACUAUGGACUUCCAACUGACCAAUAUGUGCCGCCUGGGGCUACAGAUGGCUCACCACAACCAUUGCUGCCCGCCGGUGGUGCACCUGGUGGUAAUGCCGGCCUUUACGAAGUGGUAGCCACCGUGAGCGCCACUAUCACCAAUACUGGAAGUGUCGAGGGCGAUGAGGUGGCUCAACUAUAUGUCUCUUUGGGCGAAGGAGAACCCCCUAAGGUCUUGCGAGGCUUCGAUCGUCUGACCAUUGCUCCAGGCGCCUCGACCACAUUCACUGCUAACUUGACUCGGCGUGACGUUUCAGUAUGGGACACUGUCUCUCAAAACUGGGUUCAAGUGAGCAACCCCACCAUUUACGUAGGCACUUCGAGUCGAAAGCUCCCUCUCUCGGGCGUACUGUCCAGCAGUGGUGGUGGUUCAGGGGCCCAAUCGUCAUCGUCAGCAUCUGGCGGAAGCGGAGGCGGAAGUUCUUCGGGCUGGGGAUAUGGUCAAUCGUCUACAGCAAGCGGUUCGGCACCGGCACCUGUGAGCCAGCUCUCGGAUGGGCAACCACAAGUACCGACAGGACGUCCGGUAACGCAAGUUUCCGAUGGACAGCCUCAGGCUCCCACUGGAAACCCUGUUUCACAGAUUUCGGACGGACAGCCUCAGGCUCCCGCUCACACUGGAGGUGCACCCGUUUCACAGAUCUCGGACGGUCAGCCGCAAGUUCCCACUGGCACAGGACCAGCAGUGACACAAAUCUCGGAUGGUCAGCCGCAGAACCCGACUGGUGGCCCAGCAGUGAGUCAGCUGUCCGAUGGUCAGCCUCGGGCCACGACCGCAUAGGUUGCACGUCGUUGGGAAGGUUGAAGCCGAGAAAAAGGAUCUCCUCUGCGUUAGGGUUAACUUGAAGUCUAAACAUAAUGUCGUGCCGUUGUGCGGAGGGACUGGCAGCAUACAUAUGGCCGCGGCCUGUAAGGCAGUGAGUGGUAGUUGAAAGAACUGUGCUGUCCGUAUUAAAGUGGCUGCAGCUGCACCGAAGCAGUGGUGAUCAAUCACUUUGGUCGGACGACGAAUGGCAUGAAAAUGGUAAUGGUGACUAGGUACAGAUAGGCUCAAGGAGUAAUUAAAUGAAAUGCGUUGUAAUUAUUGUUUCCA